GCAGCAUCAAUUUCUUUGGAACUGGAAAAUACAUGUGACUGCAUGGCUCUUGUUGGGCUUUAGCUGGAAGUGAGCAGAGUAAUUUCCUGGCCAAGGCAAUUCUACUUACGAGCAGGACAAGGGCACUGCUGUGGAACUGCGAUCUGCCAGGAGGACACGGACUCUGGGCUCUCCUGGCACCUCCCUGGGCAUCGCUGCCAUCACAUGGGGCAUGGUGCUGUGGGUGCAGGUGGGUGCCUGGACCUACCACUACAGUGACCAAGGGGACUACACGUGGGAGCAGGCCAGGAAUUUCUGCCAGACCUUCUUUACCGACCUGGUGGCAAUCCAGAACCAGCAGGAGAUCGAGUACCUCAACAAGAGCCUGCCCUUCCAUGGGCGCUACUACUGGAUUGGCUUACGCAAGCUGGGCGGCAUCUGGACCUGGGUGGGCACCGGGAAGGCGCUGUCCAAGGAGGCAGAGAACUGGGCACUGGGGGAGCCCAACAACCGCCGCUCCAACCAGGACUGCGUGGAGAUCUACAUCCAGCGGCCGCAGCAGGCCGGCAAGUGGAACGACGAGCCCUGCAACCGGAAGAAGAAGGCACUCUGCUACCGGGCCUCCUGCCAGCCCUUCCUGUGCAGCCAGCGUGGCGAGUGCGUGGAGACCAUUGGGAGCUACCGCUGCGAGUGCUACCCCGGCUUCCACGGCCCCGAGUGCACGGAUGUUGUGCAGUGUGCCAAGCUGGAGCCCAAGGGAGGGCCCAUGAACUGCAGCCAUCCCUACGGAGACUUCAGCUACAACUCCACCUGUGAGUUCGGGUGCCACGAGGGGUUUGAGCGGCGAGGGGCGGGCGUGCUGCGGUGCCUGCCUUCCCAGGAGUGGUCAGCAAACAUCCCCACCUGCACAGCCGUCGCCUGCCCGGUGCUCAGAGCUCCAGAAAAGGGAGAGCUGAACUGCUCCCACCUCCAUGGGGACUUCACCUUUGGCUCCACGUGUGCCUUUUCCUGCCAGAAGGGGUUUGUGCUGAAGGGGCCGGAGAGCCGUGAGUGCACAGCCACGGGGAUCUGGACUGGGGAUGCAACAAGAUGUGAAGCCAUUGCCUGCCCAGUGCUCAGUGCUCCAGACCAGGGAGAGAUGCACUGCUCCCACCUCCAUGGCAACUUCACCUAUGGAUCCAUGUGUGCCUUCUCCUGCCAGACAGGAUUUGCCUUGGUGGGGCUGCAGAGCCGUGAGUGCACAGCCACGGGGACCUGGACUGGGGACACCCCACACUGUGAAGCUGUUACCUGUCCAGUGCUCAGAGCUCCAGAAAAGGGAGAGCUGAACUGCUCCCACCUCCAUGGGGACUUCACCUUUGGCUCCACGUGUGCCUUCUCCUGCCAGAAGGGGUUUGUGCUGAAGGGGCCGGAGAGCCGUGAGUGCACAGCCACGGGGACCUGGACAGGGGAUGCAACAAGAUGUGAAGCAAUUGCCUGUCCAGUGCUCAGAGCUCCAGAAAAAGGAGAGAUGCACUGCUCCCACCUCCAUGGCAACUUCACCUAUGGAUCCACGUGUGCCUUCUCCUGCCAGAAGGGGUUUGUGCUGAAGGGGCUGGAGAGCCGUGAGUGCACAGCCAUGGGGAUCUGGACUGGGGACACUCCACACUGUGAAGCCGUUACCUGUCCAGUGCUCAGAGCUCCAGAAAAGGGAGAGCUGAACUGCUCCCACCUCCAUGGGGACUUCACCUUUGGCUCCACGUGUGCCUUCUCCUGCCAGAAGGGGUUUGUGCUGAAGGGGCCGGAGAACCGUGAGUGCACAGCCACAGGGACCUGGACAGGGGAUGCAACAAGAUGUGAAGCCAUUGCCUGCCCAGUGCUCAGUGCUCCAGACCAGGGAGAGAUGCACUGCUCCCACCUCCAUGGCAACUUCACCUAUGGAUCCAUGUGUGCCUUCUCCUGCCAGACAGGAUUUGCCUUGGUGGGGCUGCAGAGCCGUGAGUGCACAGCCACGGGGAUCUGGACUGGGGACACCCCACACUGUGAAGCCAUCUCCUGUCCAGUGCUCAGAGCUCCAGAAAAGGGAGAGCUGAACUGCUCCCACCUCCAUGGGGACUUCACCUUUGGCUCCACGUGUGCCUUCUCCUGCCAGAAGGGGUUUGUGCUGAAGGGGCCGGAGAGCCGUGAGUGCACAGCCACGGGGACCUGGACAGGGGAUGCCCCACGCUGUGAAGCCAUCAGCUGCCCAGUGCUGUCCCCCCCCAGCAGAGGCCAGCUGAGCUGCUCUCAUGUGCAUGGGAACUUCACCUACAACUCCACGUGCAUCUUUUCCUGUGAGGAGGGGUUUGUUCGGAUGGGAGCAGAGAUGCUCCAGUGUGAGGCCACGGGGAACUGGACCAGGGAUCCCCCUGUCUGUGCAGAGGAUGGUGCCUUCCUAAAGCAAGUCCUGGCUUACAGCAGCAGCUCAGCCCUGGCAGUAGCUGGUCUUGUGCUCUCUGGGGGACUCAUUGCCCUCCUUGCCAAGAGGCUCAGUGACAGAGAGGAGAAGAGGAAGCUCCUGAAACCCACCAGUGACCUGGGAGUGCCGGGCACCUUCACCAACUCAGCAUAUGAUGCCAAUCUGUGAGGGCUGCAGGCCUAGCGGGCCUGCUGUGGGAGCACAGAGGGACUCCAUGCCUGUGGUUGUAGCCUGGACCAGAGCUGCCCC